GGGUAUUAGUAAGCAAAAGUUUAGCUUUUACAUGUCAACUAAAGCCACUUUCUUCUUUCCAUCCAUGAAAGCUGGCUUCAUCCCAAGCUACCACCCCAUCAGCAUUUGCUUUAUUGCCAUUCUUUGUGCUUCUUGAACCAGAAUCUACAUGUAAAACUUUAAUCUUUGCUUAUCUUGUUUUGGAACAGACUUUGUUCGGUCCUAAAAACAUUUUAUGCUUUUUUGCUGUCCCAUUUUUUUUAUUAUUUUAAGUUCCUUUCUCUUUAGGAAUUUGGUAGUAAUUAAUAUUAUUUUAAUGAAAUAUUAUAUAUAUGUUUAGACUUUAGAAUAAUGUGUUAACAGUUCAUACCUAGUCAUCAAUACGCGUUUGGUGUAUGUAUUGAUUGAUAUAGUAACUUUUUUUUCCCCUUCUUCUGUGCAUGUUUAAUUGCUUAGUGUAACAUUCAGAUCUACAACUUGUUUUGUGCUGAGGGUGCACAUUUCAGACAUUCUCACUGAUCAAAGUAGUGUUUCUUUGCAAAUAAGUGCUUACUGUGUGGAAAGGUUUGGUUUUGUAUUGAUGUGUGUGCCCUUUUGAGUGUUUUACAUUUGGAGAUCUAAUAUACUUGUGAGGAAGAGUGUGUUUUGAAAUUGGACUAAUUGGGUCUGUCUGAGACUAAGAGGAGGGUUCUUUGGUGGGGUAAGAUAUGGCCUCCGGUGAAGGGAGGCGAUGUCAUCAUCAUGAUCUUGUGCCACUUGCUGCAUUGCUUAAGAGAGAGAUGAAGAGUGAGAGGAUGGAGAAGCCUACUGUGAGAAUUGGUCAAGCUGCUCAGUCUAAGAAAGGGGAGGAUUACUUUCUAGUUAAGACCGAUUGUCAGCGUGUGCCCGGGAACUCUUCAACAGCCUUUUCUGUAUUUGCGAUCUUUGAUGGACAUAAUGGAAAUGCUGCUGCUGUUUUUACUAAGGAAAAUUUGUUAAAUCACGUGCUUUGUGCUCUUCCUCGAGGGCUUGGUCGAGAUGAGUGGUUACAAGCUUUACCGAGGGCAUUAGUUGCUGGAUUCGUUAAGACUGAUAAGGAAUUUCAGAGCAGAGGAGAAACUUCUGGGACCACAGCCACGUUUGUGAUAGUUGAUCGGUGGACUGUGACAGUUGCAUCUGUUGGAGAUUCUCGUUGUAUACUGGAUACACAAGGUGGCGCUGUCACCACCUUAACAGUUGAUCACAGACUAGAAGAGAAUAUUGAAGAGAGGGAACGUGUUACUGCAAGUGGAGGUGAGGUUGGGAGGCUUAGCAUUGUCGGUGGUGCUGAGAUUGGCCCCCUUCGAUGCUGGCCAGGAGGUCUAUGCCUUUCUAGGUCAAUUGGAGACAUGGAUGUUGGGGAAUUUAUAGUUCCAAUACCAUAUGUCAAACAAGUGAAGCUAUCAAAAGCUGGUGGGAGGCUUAUAAUUGCCUCUGAUGGCAUAUGGGAUGCUGUAUCAUCAGAAAUGGCUGCAAAAUCUUGCCGUGGUUUGCCUGCCGAACUUGCUGCAAUGCAGGUUGUUAAGGAAGCACUAAGAACUAGAGGGUUAAAGGAUGAUACAACAUGCAUAGUAGUUGACAUAAUCCCACCUGAUAACGAAUUGCCACCAACACCUCCCCCCAAAAAGCGGAAUAAGCUGAGAGAUCUUUUUUUGUUCAGGAAGAGGUCCCGUGAUACCGCUGGCAAGCUGUCAAAGAAGCUUUCAACUAUAAAUAUAGUUGAAGAACUGUUUGAAGAAGGAUCAGCCAUGCUUGCUGAAAGAUUAGGAAAUGAGGAGAACUCGGGACAAUCAACAUCCGGCCUCUUUGUCUGUGCUGUAUGCCAAGUUGAUCUAGCUCCAAGUGAGGGCAUAUCUGUCCAUGCAGGUUCAAUUUUCUCUACAAGCUCGAAGCCGUGGCAAGGUCCUUUUCUAUGCUGUGAUUGUCGCAAUAAGAAGGAUGCAAUGGAAGGUAAACGUCCAAGUGGAGUUAAAGUGUCAUAGUAGGCUCAAAACUGGAGUCAUUCUAUUUCACAAUGUUUUAUAGGCCAAGUAAUUGAUUGAAUCUCGCAAUCAAGUAGAAAUGACUUGGACCUGAGAGAGCAGACUGCACUGAGUUUUUGGGCGUAUGAAGAUUGUUCAUCUCUACCUAAUUGUUAGAGUUGGAGGGUUAAGAUCAGUGUGAGGUAGAUUCUUUUGUAUUAUUGUAUAGUAGUUACUAGUUAUGUUAUUUAAUGUGCCAUCAAAAUCAGAAUAAUCUUUAUUAACUAUGCAGCAUCCCAACUUCCUGUAUAUAAACUUUUAAUCUAUAUAUAUGGAUUGAAAAAUCAAUUCAUCUGAAUGCAUGCAAGAGUUGUCUGUUAAACAUUUA